CCAGAUCCGCUGUUCCUUGACUUCCCAGCGGCUCAAGUAAGAUGGAGUCAGUAUCCUUUGAGGACGUGGCCGUGAACUUCACCCAGGCCGAAUGGGCUCUGGUAAAUCCUGAUCAGAGAUGCCUGUACAGAGAUGUGAUGCUGGAGACCUGCAGGCACCUGGCCUUCGUGGAGGGUUUCUCUCCAGGAAAAGACAGUGGUACUCUUGGGCAUGUCUUGGAGAAUAAGUUGUUCAGUGAAGACUGCACUGUGGAGUACAUGAGCAAUAAUUCCUGCAAUCGUUUCGGAGAGAAGCAGAUGUACCCUAAUGUUAGUGACCAGCACCAGACUCAGAAGCGGCAACAAACCUCUUGCCAAAGAGUCUCGGUUAUAGUCAUGAAGUUCUCGCACAAGCCAGAGGAACCUCGAAGCGGACUCAACAUCUCUCUGCACCCCAGAGUCCUGCUGCUACUUCUUCUGCAAAAUGUUCUUCUCCCCAAGACCCUCCAAUACUUCCCCACGGCUCUCCUCCAGGUGACCUCGUUCAGGGAGGCAUCAGCUGCCCGGUUGUAA